AUGCCUGGGACAAAAGAAGCCCUGCAUAGUGUUGUAAUACAACAUAAAAGCAGACUGAGGAAGAAAUUCAAAUUCAUUUGUGAGGGUGAUUCCAAAAUUGAACACAAAACGCUCUUUAACAGCAUUUACACUGGACUAUUUAUCACAGAGAGACAAGGCAGAGGAGACACAGAACUUGACCGUGAACAUGAGGUCCGUCAGAUUCAGAGAAAAUCCAGUGGACACAUCCAAACCUGCACUCCUAUAGACUGCAAUGACAUUUUCAAAGAAGUGUCUAAAAGUAAACUAAGUAUGGAACUUGGAGAAACUGAAGAGGAGGCAAAGGAAGAAGAAGAAAUAAGAACUGUGCUGACUAAAGGCAUUGCUGGCAUUGGGAAAACAGUGUCUGUGCAGAAGUUCAUCUUGGACUGGGCAGAAGGGAAAGCCAACCAGGACAUAGACCUCAUGCUUCUGAUGCCUUUUCGUGAACUAAACGUGGUUGAAGCUGAACACUUCAGUCUCUGUAAACUUAUCUGCAUUUUCAACCCUGAACUUAAAGAGCUAUGUGCAAAUAUGUUUGAAGAAUGUAAAAUUGUGUUUAUUCUUGAUGGCCUAGAUGAGUUUUAUUGUCCACUAAAUUUUCACCAAAAACUGGUGUCAGAUGUUACCGAAAUAUCAUCAGUGGGCGUACUUAUAACAAACUUAAUCAAAGGAAUUCUCCUCCCAUCUUCUCAGCUAUGGAUCACUUCUCGACCAGCAGCAGCUGAUCAGAUCCCGUCUGAGUACAUCAACCGUUUGACAGAAGUUCAAGGAUUCAGUGACUCGCAGAAGGAGGAGUAUUUCAGGAAGAGAAUCCCUAACCAAGAACAAGCCAAGAGAAUUAUCUUGCACAUUAAGUCAUCAAGAAGCCUCCACAUCAUGUGCCACAUUCCAGUCUUCUGCUGGAUCACUGCAAUGUUGCUGCAACAAAUUUUGGAUGAAGACAGUUGUGCAGAAAUCCCUCAAACUCUGACGGAAAUGUACACACACUUCUUGUUUAUUCAGACAAAACGGAAGAACCAGAAGUAUGACAAGCAUGAAGUGAGCGAUCCAAAGAAACUACUGAAAUCUAACAGGAUGAUGCUUCUGAAACUGGCAGAACUGGCUUUCAGACAACUCAUUAAGGGUAAAGUUAUAUUUAGUGAAGAAGACCUGAGUGAGUGUGGCAUUGAUGUCACAGAGGCCUCCAUUUACUCUGGGAUUUGCACUGAGAUCUUUAAAGAAGAAUCUGUGCUUUACCAGAGAAAGGUCUACUGCUUUGUGCAUCUAAGCUUUCAGGAGUUCCUGGCUGCCCUUUAUGUGUUCCACUGCUAUUUAUCCCACAAUAUGGAGGCAUUGCAGUUUUUUUUGCACAACGAGUCAGAUGAGUCAGAUGACCCAGAUGAUGAAAACAGGGCAACACAGUGCAAGACCAUUUCUUUGGAUGAGCUGCUGACAAAAGCAGUGGACAAAGCCUUAAAGAGUCAGAAUGGAAACUUGGAUCUUUUCCUUCGUUUUCUGCUGGGCAUCUCCUUAGAAUCCAAUCACAGAUUUCUGCAAGGACUGUUGAAUGUAACUACAGACAACUCCAAAAGCAUCAAGAAAACCAUCAAGUACAUCCAGAACCAAAUCAAAGGAGACAAUCAGCAGGAGAUGAAGCAGAUGAUGAAAAUGAAGGCAGACAGCUCCAUUAAUCUGUACCUUUGCCUGACAGAAAUGAAGGACCAGUCUUUUCACAGAGAGAUUAAGGAGUAUCUACAAUCUGAAAACAGCUCACAGUAUCUCUCUCCAGCACAGUGCUCAGCAAUGGCCUACAUACUGCAGAUGUCCGAGAUGGUGCAGGACAAGUUUGAACUAAAGAAAUACAACACAUCAGAAGAUGGUUAUAAAAGACUGAUUCCAGCCAUGAGCAACUGCAGGAAGGCUCUGCUAGCUGUCUGUAGUCUCACGGAGCAGUCAUGUGGAACUCUGGCCUCAGCUCUGAAUUCACCUAAUUCACUUACAAAGCUGGAUCUUAGUAACAAUGAUCUACAGGAUUCAGGAUUGGCACAGCUCUCUACCGGACUAAGAAGUUCACACUGUAAACUGCAGAUCCUUCAACUGUCUGGUUGUUUGAUCCAAACAGUAGGUCCUCUGGCAUCAGCUCUGAGCUCAAAUCCUUCACACUUGAAAGAACUGGAUCUGUCCUACAACCACCUAAAAGAAGAAAUGCUGCUUUUUGAUAAACUGCAGGAUCUAUACUGCAUUUGGUUGGAUUAUUGUGAUGAAUGUAGAAUCAGACCGGGACCAAAGAAAUAUGCCCAAAAUCUCACCCUUGAUCCAAACACAGCGCACCCUCGUCUCUCUUUGUCUCAAAGUAACAGAAAGGCAACAUGUGUAGAAGAUGAUCAGCCAUAUCCUGACCAUCCAGAGAGAUUUGAUGGCAGAUUUCAGGUACUCUGCAGAGAGCGUCUAGCUGGACGCUGUUACUGGGAGGCGGAGUGGACAGGGGACAUAGAUAUAGCAGUGACGUAUAAGAAAAUUGAGAGGAAAGGAAGAGGUCGAGCCUGCAGGUUUGGAUACAAUGCAAAUUCUUGGAGAAUAAGCUGCUACACAAACAGGUACACUGUCUGUCAUGAUGAUAUGAGCGCUGAAAUUUUGAAAGUUUCUCACUCUAACAGAGUAGGAGUGUAUCUGGAUUGGUCAGCUGGCACUCUGUCCUUUUACAGCAUCUGUUCCGACACAGACACGCUGACACACUUAUACACAUUUUACUCCACUUUUACCAAACCCGUCUAUGCUGGGUUUGGGUUUGCAUAUAAUUCUUCGGUGCACUUGUGUCAGAUAGAAGAAUAAACACCUGAGGUUUAGGGAAACAUUCCUUUUUAUGUUCAAAAAACCUUCCCUUAUGUACCCUAAAAAAAACCUCACAAAGAUAAUUGUUAGUUAUAUUAUUCACAAUACACAAAUAAUUAUAGUAAUAAUAUUAAAGGUCUCAUUCCAUCAUUUUUAAAUUCAUUUUUAAAUGUCUAGUGCUCAGGUGUUUUGGCCCUGCUUUAUUUCACUAUAUUAGAGGUGUCUGAAUAAAAUCAGCUGUAGUAAAGUUUGCUGUAGCCCGAGUUUAGCUCCACCUUUGGGUGGUCCUGAGCCGAGGUGGGCGAGUCCAUGAACUUACUGGUUGACGUCGAAACCUUAACAUCCCUCUGAUCGACUCGUUUUUCUGAAUAUUUUCUUUUACUAGCUACUGCAGACAAUGGAGACUGAGAAACACUGUUAUGUGCAGCAUGCAUAUACAACUCAGAGAGAUCUAUAGUGUUUUUUAGCAAUAGUAGACCUUAAUACUUUAGCCUACAUGUUGGUCAAAAUGUACCAUUUGAAGCCAUUUGUCAAUGCUGGUUCAAACUGACUAGAACAUAUGUAUGUACUAAUAUCUAAUGUACUAUACAUAAUAAAGUAUAAACAUAUUUACUUUGAAUCACUUUGUUUGAUUCAAUUAAACUUUUACUGAAAGAAAAUUCUUUUUAAGUCUAGUUUAGUCUAGUUUUUGUAGGAUUUUUUGCAAAUCUAAUCCUAAAUUUUACUGUAAAGGCUUUGAAAAGAUGCAAUCUUUCAAGAUGCAAUAAAAAAAAAGAACAUCAGUAUGAGCCCUUUCUUCUGACUUCAUCACAAAAGCAGAGUUUAAUGAAAAGCUCCUCCUAAACAUUAAAUAGAAAUGUGUGGGUAGAUCUAAAACAGGGUUUACAGAAAGAUGGCUUAAGAAUAGUGGACGAUUUGACUAUGUUCACAUUUCCAGGCUGAAGGGACUCAAAUCAGAUUUUUUGCUCACUGUGGCUCAGACCAGAUUUUUUCACUGCUGUGUGAACGCACCUAAUCUGAUUAUUUCAAAUAAGAUUUGAAUCACUUUCAAAUGUGGUCCUUAAUCAGAUAUGUAUCCAAUCCAUAGACAACCAAAUCCGAUCUGAGCAAAAAAUCGGAUUUGAGCAGUGUGGCUUGUAUUGUGAACAUAGCCUUAGGGAUGUUUUGCAACGAAAAGUUUCUGAGAAGCUAAAAUAAAAAAUAACAGCUUUUCUUGACACUUUUUCUUUUCUGUGAUAUAUUUUACAACGAUUACCAGUUAUUGUAUUACCAGUUCUAAAAUGUAAAUAAAUAUUGAU